AUUGGAAAAAAUGUCAUCUGUGACCGAACGGCAACUCCCCUGGAUGCCUUUAGGAUGAUGACUGCGGCUCACUAUUACCCAAAGCUCAUGAGCAUCAUGGGGAACGUCUUGCGCUUCCUGCCUGCCUUUGUGAGGAUGAAGCAGUUGAUCCAGGAGGGUUACGUGGGGGAGCUCUUGGUGUGUGAGGUGCAGGUUCACAGCGGAAGCCUCCUAGGCAAGAAGUACAACUGGAGCUGUGAUGACCUGAUGGGGGGCGGGGGCUUGCACUCGGUUGGCACCUAUAUCAUCGACCUCUUGACCUUCCUCACCAGCCAGAAGGCCGUGAAAGUGCAUGGGUUGCUGAAGACCUUCGUCAAGCAGACGGACCACAUCAAGGGGAUACGGCAGAUCACCAGUGACGACUUCUGUACGUUUCAGAUGGUUCUGGAAGGCGGUGUGUGCUGCACAGUGACGCUUAAUUUCAACGUCCCCGGGGAGUUCAAACAAGACAUUAUUGUAGUCGGUUCGGCCGGUCGGCUGAUUGUAAUAGGCACUGAUCUCUAUGGACAGAGCAACAGCUCUCCUCAGAGGGAGCGCCUGCUGAAGGACUCCACACCGGUCAGCAACUCUUUACUUCCGGAGAAGGCCUUCAGUGACAUCCCACUGCCAUACCUCCGAGGCACCAUUAAGAUGGUUCAAGCUGUCCGGCAGGCAUUUGAGGACCAGGACGACAGGAGGACCUGGGACGGGAGGCCCCUCACGAUGGCUGCCACCUUUGAUGACUGUCUGUAUGCCCUCUGUGUGGUGGACACCAUUAAAAAGUCAAACCAGUUGGGGGAGUGGCAGAACAUUUCAAUCAUGACCGAGGAGCCAGAACUGAGCCCUGCAUACUUAAUCAGUGAAGCCAUGCGUAAGAGCAGGAUGUCUCUGUACUGCUAGCUCCACUCAGCUCCUAAGAAAGAAUAGGAACCAGACAGCUCUUACAGUAAAUGGUAACGCAGCCUGUGUGAAGGGCUCAGGCAUCUUAAAAUCAGCUGAGGAUAUGAGAGGAGGAAGUACGGUGUUUGGAUCAACUAAAUCUGUUGAUGGCUAAAUACCAAAGUGAUGAUGUUCUAAGAAAUGCCCAAAAUAGGAGGGUUAAGAGCUGACGUUAACUUAACUGUUUCAAUGACAGUAUUAGCUGGCUGAUUAGCAAGAUAUAUCAUGGACUUUUCUCCUGCUUGCAGGUGCUUUAGAUUAUCCAGUUGUGUUUACUGUGAAAGGUGGGGAAGGUCCUUUUAGAUUUUCCUUGCCUACCAGAGGGCUGUGAAGGUACUGUCAUGUCAUCAAGUUUUCUGUAGUGUCCGACAUGAAUGGUUCCUACCAUGACAGCUGACACCACCAUGCUGUACUGCUACAUCUUUAACCAACACACAGAAUAAU